AGUUCUGAGAAGUAAAUGCCACACCGAAUUCAAAAAAUGGCGCGUCCAUUCCGUCACACUCUUUUGUUUCGCACUCGCCGCCCAUGAAAAAAAUGUUAAUAAAUCUCGUCCCGCAAUCGACAACAAAGUGAAAAUCGCGUUUUAUUAAUCAUUUCGUGGGGAAAAUCAAGAACUCCAGUUAAAAUAAUAAUCUGUGCGCGCACAUCGAACGAAGCCGAGCAUUUUUCGUGUAUUACGAUCGUCCAGUGGCGGUGCCCCAGUAAUAGAAAGUGAUGUGCAUUUGUGUUAAUUUGUGACGUUUGUACACCGCUACAAUAAUGCCAAAAAGUGUCGUUAUUGACGCAAUCGAAUGAAAAGUCAUACUUUUGUUUACGUGAAAUGGAAAGUGAUAUUUGCCUUCUCUAUCACAAUAUGAUCUCAUCACGUAAAAGUUAAUAAUAAUUCCGAUUGGUGCAUUAUCGGCUUUUUAAAUACCGAUUUUUAAAUACCGAAUUUAUUUGGAAUUUUAUAAUGAAGAAGCAAUUUUUCCGAGUCAAACAACUCGCCGACCAGACUUUCCUCAGGGCCGACAAAAGCGAGGUUUUAAAUAAUGAAGAACUUCAAGUGGCUGAUCAGAAAAUCGAAUACUUACGAACGGCUCUAUCUGCAAUCAUCAAGCGGAUACCACAUUCGGGCCAAAAUAAUGACAUCGACAAACGAAUUAAAAAGAGCAUUGAACAUCACCUGGCCUCUGUGUUUUUUGAGCAAAGUACUCGAAAAAAUGAACAAGGGGACCUUCAGGAACUACCAAAUGAUUUGUUUUGUGCCACGCUUAAAAAAUGUGCAUUGGUUGAGCAGGAUUUGGCGAGGGAAUAUGCUGAUCAUGAAAAACAAGUUGAGGAUUUAGUUAGUGCUCCAAUCCAGGCGUUGCUUGAUUCCGAUUUUCAUAAUAUCCUAAAACAGAAACGCAAUCUUUCGAAAUAUAUUUUGGAUAAAGAUUCGGCAAGUAAUAGGUACCAUGCUACGAAAAAAGAGGCUUUGCGGGAUGAUAUGGAAGAAGCCGACUAUAAAGUAGAACAAAGUAGGGACGCCUUAGCUUAUGAAAUGUUUAGUUUAUUAGCGAAAGAAAAUGACUUGGCCGGCUACAUGUUGCAAAUACUGAAAUGUCAAAGAGCGUAUCAUGAUAGUGCCUUAAAGCAUCUGGAAAGUGUGAUUCCUGAGUUGGAAAAGCAAAUAGGUGACAGUUCAGUGAAACGCGUUUAUGGCAUUUCGCUUCAAGACCACCUCCGAGUCACAAAUAAAAAAAUAGCGCUUCCUUUAGAAAUUUGUAUUAGCAUUCUUCAAAAACAUGGUCUUCACGAAGAAGGUCUUUUUCGUAUUGCUGGCAGUAUGUCACGCGUCAAACGCUUGAAAUCAUCAAUAGAUUCAGGCUGUUUUUCCCCGAAAUUAAUUCCAGAGUAUCAGGACAUGCAUGUGUUGGCCAGUGCCCUUAAAAUGUAUCUCCGUGAAUUACCCGAUCCACUUCUAACGUCAAAACUUUACAAUGAGUGGUUGCAAUCGAUGCAAAAACCCGAAAGCGAAAGACUGGACAUUGUUAAAGGUCUAAUCGCGAGUUUGCCUCGUGAAAAUCGUGAUAAUUUAGCGUUUUUGAUUCAAUUUUUAUCGGAAUUGUCUCGUCAUCCGCAAAACAAGAUGAGUUCGUCCAAUAUUGCAAUUGUUGUUGCUCCGAAUUUAUUGUGGGAUAAAGAGGAGACCAUGAAUAUGGGAAAUUGUGCAGCUAGUAGCAUGCUCGUUGAGCUUUUUAUCAAAGAAGUUCACACCUUGUUUCCUGAUGAUGUUAGUAAGUUUGUGAGUUUUUCAUGGACUGAUGAUGAAGGGGGAUUCACCCGAUCGACGAUCGACUUGAACGCAAGCACCGAAAAUAUCAGUGAAAGUCCUAAACCCAACUCGAGGAAAAAGAAAACUCCAGCACCUGGACCUCCCCCCAAUAACUUUGCCCGAACUGACCAAGAUCUCGUCCAAAACGAGAAAAAUUCAAUGUCAUCGUCAUAUCCUUCAGGAAGUUCCACCUUAAACCGUCCUCAAAAACCCCGCGAUAAACCGAAGACUUCAAUUGGUGUUAACACCGACGACCGAAGAAUGAGUUUAUCUCAAGAGGAAACGCACAAAUCGGAAGUGAUCAAAUCAGCGCCUCUAGUCAAUUUAGAUAGUAGCAAAACGGUCGCUCAUAAGGUUAUAACCGAACCGGCGACUCUCGUUCAAGUGUCGAAAGCCAAACCUGUACAGCCAGUCGUAGCACAAAACGCAUGUGAUAAUAAAAACUUUAAAACAACUGUCACACAUUCAAUGGACGGUGGCGUGUGUCAGAAACCGAUCGCAGCGCCACGCUCGAUUGAUGCCGGAGUCAAGCGAAGUUCCUCAAUCAAGAUCGAUCUUAAGCAGCCGGAAAUGACCGAAGUUACGAUGCGAAGGCCCGAACCCGCCGCCAAACCAGAGGUGCCUGCAAGGCCGGCCUCACUCUCGAAACGGCCGAGUAUGGACCUGGAUCCAACCCUGCACCGCACCCAGUGCUCAGUCUACAGUGUAGCCAACAAACAACAACCCAGCUACGUCAACGUCCAGAACCGUAAUGAGAAAUUCCAGCCGGGUCACGACAACAAAAUCGCCGAAAAAGAGCGUUUUCUAGGCCACCAGCCAGCGCUCAAACUCGACGAUAUCAAUUCAAACAGUAAAACAGGGCUGCCACCUAAAGCAAUAAAAUGUGUGGAGAAAUCGGAAGCGAGCAAAUCAAAUGAGGAUUUGGGCGAUUUGGGAGAAAAACUGAACGGUAAUCAGAAAACUAGUCAUGUGCGAACCAGAUCGGACGGAAAUUUGAUUGAACUAAGUGAUGGUUGUUUGGCUCAGACGCCGCCGUCACCACGCAGUUUGAAUAAACCGACACAGCCGCCACCGCCGCCCCCGAUUGUUAGUGUUGUCAAGAAAGAGCCUGACAGUACUGAUUUGUAGUUGAAAGAGUGAUUUUUUUGCAGAGUUUGUAAGUCUAUUGAACAAAUAGUUGCUAUUUGACUGAAGUUAAAAUUUUAAAUUUUAAUGUUGAUGUUAAAGUUAUGAAACGGAUUUUAUUUAUUCGGAUGGCUACUGGUUAAUAAGGCACACGAAAUACCAAUUUAUUAUAAUGCUUUAACAAAACUGAUUGCAGUAUAAUUUUUAGAUUUUAGGAAUUUUGAUAUUCUUUCAUUUUAUCAACAAAAGUGCUGUACGAGACACAAUCAAUAAAAAGUUCGUUAUUUAUA